UUUUGAUAAACACAAAAUAAUGUCAGAGAGAGAAGAAAAAAGAAAGAAAAACAAGUGUUUCCACAACGAAAAUGGCCACGUUUGACAACAACAUGACCGACCUAAACGUCAGUGCCUUCUACUGUCACUUUCAGGAAGAUUUGAAAUUCAUUCUUCUGCCUGUCAGCUACGGCCUGGUCUUUGUAAUCGGCCUGGCGCUGAACGCCACAGCGUUGUAUGUGAUUGUGUUCCGCACUAAGCGCUGGAAUCCCUCCACUAUCUACAUGUUCAACCUGACGGUGUGCGACACACUCUACAUCCUCACUCUGCCCUUCCUCAUCUAUUACUACGCAGAUGAGAACGACUGGCCCUUCAGUGAACCGUUCUGCAAGCUCAUACGCUUCCUGUUUUAUGCAAACUUAUAUGGUUCUAUUAUGUUCCUAUGCUGUAUCAGUCUGCAUCGCUUUGUUGGCAUCUGCUAUCCGGUCCGCUCCCUCAAUUGGGUCAGCGCUCGACAAGCCAGACUGGUGUCUGUGGCGGUGUGGGCCUGUGUCUUAUUCUGCCAGGCACCUGUUCUCUACUUCUCAAGAACUAGGGAUGUGGAGAGUGAGCGGAUUUGCUACGACACCACCAGCCCAGAGCUUUUCGAUGACUUCCUGUUGUACAGCUCAGCCGUGUCAGUGCUUAUGUUUGCACUGCCCUUCAUGGUGGUGAUGGUGUGCUAUGGCCUCAUGGUGCGGAAGCUUCUGGAGCCCGGCUGGAUGUAUGAUGGGGUCUCUCGGGAAGGCCUGUCAGCCGCACGUUCAAAGCAGAAGUCAGUGAAGAUGAUCAUCAUUGUGUUGGCAGUGUUCAUGCUCUGCUUCCUGCCUUUUCACCUCACCAGGAGUCUUUACUACUCUUUUAGAUACCUAAGGCAGGUCGAUCCAACACAGAUCAGCUGUAAGUUGUUGGAGGCCUCCAGUGUGGCCUACAAAGUGACCCGAACUUUGGCCAGCGCCAACAGCUGUGUUGACCCCAUCCUUUACUUCCUGGCUGGGCAGGACGUCCGCAGUAACCUCACCAAGAAGAACAAGUCGUCUUCAUCGAAACCAAGAAGUGUGGUCCGACACAUGACAACACGACUCUGAUCCGAUACUAACUAUUUUAGUCAAAAAUGCAGAAGGUUGUCGGGACGAGUACAGUUCUUAUUGCCCUUCUCUUCUGGUAGAUGUGACAGCCCUUACACUGACACUGACAGACAUUGCAUUCAGAUUUCCAUCAUUAACCAGUAAUAAUAAUAAUAAUAAUAAUAAUAAUAAUAAUAAUAAUAAUAAUAAUAAUAAUAAUAAUAAUACAUUUUAUUUAUAAGCACACUUUUCAUUUGAAUAAACACAACUCAAAGUGCUACAGAGUAAAAUGAUGAAGUAGAAUAUAAAAACAUUAGGUAGACAGACAAGGCAACAAAGUCUAGCAAAAGGUUACGUUAAAUGCCUAUUAAAUUAUUAUUUUUUGUUAUGUCUGAAGAGCUAUAUUGUGUAGACAUUACUAAACUACAUUGAGCUCCACAGCUGCAUUUUUUUGAUAAUUUUACUGGACAACUGCGGUCUUAAAAAGGAAUACUUCACUCCCAAAGUGUCCCUCUCACGCUUGCGCAGGCCCGCUACUCGUCCAUGCGGGUACUGUGUGUGUAAAUAGUAAGGUUUUAGCAAAGAUGCAUGUGUUUGGGAAGUAGUAGACUUAUUUUGAAUGUGCUGCAACAGUGUUUAUGCGUGUGUCACUUUGUGUCACAAAA